AUGCAUGGUCUUGGUUCGUGGCCGCCUAAACCACGACCUCCUCCGUUGCAACCAUGCCGGAUGGUUUUAAUGUUUUAUCAACUGGACACGGAACUGGAGGAUGAGAGAGAUCGGCAGGAAGAGAGCAAGAAAGAAAGAGAAGGGUUUGCGGGUUCAAGAAACCUCUGGAGGUUGGAAGCAAAGAAGGAAAAUGGGGAAGCCAGGUUGAGAGGGAUCCAACUUCAGCGGGUUCAGCAAGAUCACGAUUCUCUCCACCUUUGGUUUGGCGGUUUCAGCGGCUUCAGUAGGUUAGACGGGAACGAUUCCGUCCACCCUGAGAGGGUGAGUGAGGAGCCGCGAGCAAUAGAGUUAAAAAGUAUACGACCAUUUCCUUCUAAACCUAGACCCAUUUUUCUUUUCAACUACGUUCCAACCUCACUGUCGGUGUCCUUCUCUGUCAACCGUUAUCGGCCUCUAGAAGCCAUCUUCCGCCUGGUUCUCCGACACACAAGCAAAAUCGACCGCCAAAGUAACACCACCAUAUUUGCCUUGUUGCGAGCACAAUCAGCCACUACCGCCUUUGCUUCUGUUAAUCCCGAGUACGAGAGAAGAAGAUAAGUAAAAGAGAUACAUAAAUCAAGAUGGAAAAAAUUAUAUUAAAUUACUAGCAAACACCAAACACCUAUUUUUGAGUGAAGUGUUGGAGAAAUAUAUAUAAUCUAAUGCGUAAACAUGUGAGUAAGAGUAAAGAGUAACAUACUAUAUUAAAUUACUAGCAAUAAAAUCAAGAUGCGGAAAAUCUUAAAAAGGAACAAGGCCUCAAUAUAAUCAACAUCUAGCUAGCAAGGUUUCUAGCUAGGAAAAUUGAUGAUGCUAGUCUUAAUGAUCUUGGACUACGUUUGGAAUGGAAGAUUGGUUAUGUAAGAAAUAAACAAAUAUACACAAACCGGUUUAGUAACAUUUGUGCAAAGGAGCAUAAAAAGAAGAGAAGAGACAAGUACAGAGCAACAUGCUUAUAUGUGUAUUCAAGAAAUGUUCUCAUAGCAUCUACAUCAAUUAGCUACCAACAAGUGCUAUUCUGUAAUAAUUACCAUGAAACCAGUUAUCAAACCAUGAUUUAUCUUAUAAAAUCCUAGUGUAAUCAAAGAUUGCAGAGAAACUCUAUUUGACACAAUAUGCAUGUUUGGAUGAAGUGUCAGUCAGCCACACAAGAAACUGAUUAUGCAAGUCUUAAUGAUCGUGUGCUAUAUAUACAUAAUACAUUCUGAAGGGAAAAUCAGGCUGGGUUUUAAACUCGAUUCCUACAAAAACAAAAGGGUCACCAAACAUAACCUACACAUAGCAAACCAUUAAUAGAGUAUCAAAGACUGUAGAGAAAGUCUAUUUGACCCAAUAUCCAUUUACAUCUCAAUAUAUUGUCACGAUAGACACAGCAGAACAAUGGGCACAAACCAUGUGGUUGUAGCCUUGGUAGAGGUGGUGGUGUCAAUUUCCAAGUUCAUGCUACCCAAUGCUUUUAACUACCAGAAAAAGGAAAAAAAAAAGGAUAGGUUAUAUAAGAUAUAAAGAAAGAAUGUAAUGAUCAAUCUUAGUUUCAUAUCAAAAUCUUGACGACUCAAAUACAUGAUUUCAGUCGAUACAAAACAGAGUAUUGUUACGGAUUACUACUCUCAUGAUGUAUUUAGUAGCAUAGACAACUUAAUCUACAUCCUUAACCAUUUUCCGAAUUAGCUACUAAGUAACAAGUGUGAUUUUGUGACGAUUACCAUGGAAAAUAGUUGUCAGACAACGAUUUAUCUUAUAAAAUCCUACAAUACACAUUCUUUUGAGUAUCUGUGAUUGUCAUCCAAUUCUAAUGGUUUGUUAGCCAUGAAAAUGCAUUCCAUUCCGACAUAUAUACUUAACAUAAGCUAAUUAACCAAGAAGCACCUAUGUUUGAGUAAAGGCAAGAGCAAUCUAAUAACUAUGAUAUAAAAUCAUCUUAGAACCCCCAAGCCCAACAUUCUUUAAUUCUUUUUCCCCAUAAACAUAGAAAGUAAACAGAGCAACCAGAAGCCCUAAAUUUGGGCAUCCCAUGCAACACAAUGGACAUAUAUAAAAAGCUGACAAAGAUAUAGAUAUAUAAUCUAAGAGAAUACCAUUACUCCAC